AUGGCGACCAUCAAUAUUGGCUGUUUAUCAGAACAAAAGAGUCUUCCUGAUUCAGUAUUAAAACUUUAUCAGUUCUGGAAAACAACAGCUUAUAAUAUUGGUGGACAAAUAUUCAAAUUAGAUGAUAUGGAACAUGGCAUUUUAAGAGGAAAUAGAUCCCACCCAGCAUGUGAAAAACUUCAUUUUAGUGAAAAAGACCCAAGAUUAAAAUUUGUGUGUAAAACUGUAGAUCCUAGAAUACAUUUUGCAUUAGUUUGUGGAGCUAAGUCAUGUCCGGCUAUUAAUGUGUAUACACCAGAAAAUGUAGAUCAUGCUUUAACAGAAGCCACUAAAAGUUUUUGUCGUCAAGAAGUGUCUAUGUUUACAGAAGUUGAUGAGAUUUGGUUGUCUAAGAUAUUUCAGUGGUAUCGUCAAGAUUUUGGAACCACUGAUACUGAUGUUAUAAGGUGGAUCAUACCAUAUUUAGAUCAAGAACAACAAGAUAGAGCCAAUCUCUUACUGUUAAAGUUAGAAAAAUUUGGAAAAGUAGAUAUCAAAUAUAAUGAAUAUGAUUGGUCAUUGAAUAAAUUGGACAAUCAGAAACAAAUACCAGUACCGAAACUAAUUUCAGACCAGACUGCUUCUAAAUGA